GAUGCUGACAUGGAUUUAACUGCUACUGAAGUAAGCACAAUUGUUACAGUUUCAACAAGCAUUAAAAAUAAAAGUAAUGUAAAACCAAAUGAUUGUGGAAUAAAACCUUUCAGAAAAGUAAAAGAUUCAAGCUCUGACAGAAAGAGAGAAGGACCAAAGAGAAAGUUUAAAAACAGUUCAGAUGUGGAUAUUGAAGACAAGAUGGGAAAUGGACCAGCAAAAAGAUCUGUUGUUCUUGAUGGCAAAGGGGAUUCAGAAGAUCCAAAUUUUAUUUUUAAUACUGAACAGGUGACUCAGUUGAACACACUGAAGAAAAUAACCCUUCCUAGUGGCUGUGAUCAAGAUGACAGACAAAGUACACGGUAUAAUAAAAAAAAGAAAAGAACACAUGUCACAAAUGAGCAAGAGGAAAUACACUCUUUCUCCCAAAGUUCAGAUAAAGCCCAGCAGGAGAGUAAAUUUGGUGUGGGUCAGACUUCUCCAGCUGAUAAAAAAUGUAAGGCUUCUAGACAGACAUUUGUGAUUCAUAAUUUAGAAAAAGGUAACUUAUUCCCAAACCAAAAGGAUAAAGAAACCACUUCUGAAAACCUGGAAGUCACAAACGAAUUUCAAACAGCUGAUCUUCCCACCAAAGAUAACCGAAGUUUAUUUGAUUAUGAGACCCAGAAUAUGUUGGAUUUGAAAAGGCAUGUCACUGGAAUGCAACCUGCUCAGCAAAAUGAAUCAAAAAUAAAAAAGCUUAGGCAGAAAGUAAAUCGGAAGACAGAAAUAAUUUCUGUAAUAAACCAUAUUUGUGGGAAUGAUGCUAAAGAUGUGCAUGGCCUAGAAAAUGGUAACUUUUCCUUUGAAACCCAACAGGGUAAAGAAACCAUCUCUGAAAACCUGGAAACUUCAAAUGAG